AGAAGGACCAUGGCUUUGGAAGGUGGAGUCCAGGACAAGGAGGUAGACGCUGUCCUUGGUCAGCUCACGCCUCUCCAGAUGUAGGAAGAUCAGUCAGGCAGCCAUGGAGUGGCACAAUGGCACAAACCAGGCUCUGGGCUCACCACCAACCAACUGCGUCUACCGAGAGAACUUUAAGCGACUGCUGCUGCCACCCGUGUACUCGGUGGUGCUGGCGGCCGGCCUUCCGCUGAAUAUCUGUGUCAUUGUCCAGAUUUGCACGUCCCGCCGGACCUUGACCCGCACAGCUGUGUACAACCUGAACCUGGCCCUGGCUGACCUGUUGUAUGCCUGCUCCCUGCCCCUGCUUAUCUACAACUAUGCCCGAGGCGACCACUGGCCCUUUGGCGACCUCACCUGCCGACUGGUGCGCUUCCUCUUCUAUGCCAACCUACACGGCAGCAUCCUCUUCCUCACCUGCAUCAGCUUCCAGCGCUACCUGGGCAUCUGCCACCCUCUGGCCCCCUGGCACAAGCGUGGGGGCCGCCGGGCUGCGUGGAUAGUGUGUGGGGCUGUGUGGCUGGCCGUGACAACCCAAUGCCUGCCCACAGCCUUCUUUGCCUCCACAGGGAUCCAGCGUAACCGUACUGUCUGUUACGACCUAAGCCCCCCUGCCCUGGCCACCCGAUACUUGCCCUAUGGCAUGGCUCUCACAGUUGUCGGCUUCCUGUUGCCCUUUGCUGCCCUGCUGGCCUGCUACAGCUGUCUGGCCCGCCGUCUGUGCCGCCAGGGCGGCCCAACGGGGCCUGUGGCCCAGGAGCGGCGUGGCAAGGCAGCCCGAAUGGCUGUGGUGGUGGCAGCCGCCUUUGCCAUCAGCUUCCUGCCUUUCCACAUCACCAAGACAGCCUAUCUGGCAGUGCGCUCUACACCUGGUGUCCCCUGCCCUGUGCUGGAGGCCUUCGCAGCUGCCUACAAAGGCACACGGCCCUUUGCCAGUGCCAACAGUGUGCUGGAUCCCAUCCUCUUCUACUUCACCCAGAAGAAGUUCCGCCGGCGGCCACAUGAGCUGCUACAGAAACUCACAGCCAAGUGGCAGCGACAGGGUCGCUGAGUCCACUGGGACAGAACACGCAGGGUCUGGACAGCCAUGGUGAUUGCCAUUGUGGCUGGGGUACAAGAAGCCUGACCAACCCUAAAACAUGCAGAGAAUUUGAGUUUAGCUCAGCUAGGCAUGGAGUGAGGUGCCCCAAAGACCCCCAAAUCUCACCAACAACUAUUUAUUAAGCCCUUUCUCUGGACCAGGUCCUGUGGGCACAGAGACAGAUAAGCCUGAGCCUGGCUCUGCAGAAGGUCCCAGUCAGCCAUGGAGAGUUGGAGAAGCCAUGAUAAGCUGCUCACAAGCCCUGGCCAGUGUGGCCAGUGGUUAGAGUGUCAGCCUGAGCACUGGAGGGUUGCGG